AUGACCAGCCGGAGCUUGCCGAGCUGGGCUUUGAUGCUACUUCUUUCCAGUACUGCCUGCUCUCUGGACUGUCACUUUCAACGGAGGGGCAUCUGGGAGAUUGUACAACAUUUAGAGAACCUUGGAGGAAAAUUUCCCCUGAGAUGUCUGAAGGACAGAAGCAACUUCAGAUUCCUCCAGGUGGCAAAAAUUGACCAGCUUCCGGAGGAAACUGCUUUCCCGGCCAUCGGAGAAAUGCUGCGACAGGUCUUCAACACUUUCAGCCUGAAUGUCUCCCAAUCGUUGUGGAAUGAAAGCCGUUUAGAGAGACUCCUAAGUGGACUGUAUCAGCAAACGGAGAAGACAGGGGUAUGCCUGGAGCAGGACUCUGGGCAGGAGGAUCAUUCAUCCUCGCAAAGGGAGGGUACCAGACUUGCAAUAAAGAAUUAUUUCCAAGGCAUCCGUGACUAUUUGCAAGGCCAAAAGUAUAGCCACUGUGCCUGGGAGGUCAUCCGUGUGGAAAUCCGAAGGUGUUUUCUCUUCAUUGAACAGCUGACAAGAAGACAUCGGGACCAAGAAAUAGGUCACUUACAUAACUAACUAAUGUGGAACUGAUCACUAGUAUCAUUUUAGAUGUCUCCUCAAACCAACGUGGUAUUUCUAAGCAGUUUUUUAUUUAUUCUUUUUGUAACUUAGGAUAAUAUUGUCAGUCAGUUUUCUGGAUGGAUAAAACCAUGCUUAUCAUUUGCAAAUUAUU